GCAACGACAACUAUCCAUUUGCCGUGCCUUUUGCUUAACUGUUAGCUUGUUAGCUUCUCAUUGUUGCUUUAACCUACAACAUUAACAUUAACUUUACAUUUGUAAACACUGUGGGCUAGCAAACUGCAUGUUGUUGUGAGUACGUAAAAGAAGAAGCUAAUAAAACUAGCUGUGUGCCAGCUCUAGCUAACCUCAAACCAACAGCGUUUUAUGUUUACGUGCUAAGCGUUAAUGGCAGAAUGUUGGAACACAGAUACCGGAGAAGCUGUGUAUCGAUCCCGGGAUGCUGUCAAAAACUUGAGAAUAAAGGUGCAUAUACAGAGGGUGACCUCCACAGCAGCCCUCUCCCAGCACCUCCAGCAGGAAGUUCUGUCCCAGCAAGACAGAGGAGCCAUUGAACUGGAAACCCUCACCUCACAAGGCCAGACAGGUAAUAAUGAGGAGGAACUGGUGGUGGGCUGGCAGGAGAAACUCUUCAGUCAGUAUGAGAUGGAGUUGUUCCAGAAUGAGUCAGCAUGUCAGACCCCACUGGACCGGCAGUACCACACAGAAGUCAAGGCCCUGAACAGGGCAAAGGGCAAACGAAAUCAAAGGAUUUUUACAUAUACUGAUCAUGACCGCUACACCAACUGUCUUCCACUCCACCAACUGCAGCACUCCACUGACUUAUUGACCACAACCAAAUCCAGCCCCACCUUCCUGGCUGUAAGGAUGGCCAGCAUAAGACACAGGCGGCAGGACAGACGCACCAUGGACUGUAAUAUCCCAAAGUCAAAAAUCAUCAACUGGGAGCCCACAGAGGAGUUUGUGAAAAGCAGUCAUGUGGUGAAUAAUGCUAUGCAGACCAUGCACAUCAUGGCAGACCUGGGCUCCCCUGGAAGGCUGGGCCAGAAGGAAAAUGAAUGUUUGCUGGUAACCAUAACAUCAGAUGGCAGCGGAACAGUUGUUGUAAAACCUGACUUCAACAAAGGCAAAGAGCCUUACAGGAUUUUAACAGAGGGGGAAAAGAGAGAAGUUUGGCGUCUUACUCUGGAGAAUGUAUCCACGUCCAUGAAAACAGAGGAAAAGGACAGGGAGCAGAACAUGUACAAAGAUCUGUAUGUAAGGCACAAGGAGUACCUUAAUAGCCUCGUUGGACAAGACUUUGAAAUGCCUCCUGUGGGUAUUCUGCGUUACCUGAUGAAUGGAGAGAUAGUCUCAGCUAAAGGUUUUGAAUAUGAUAACUUAUACAUCCACUUCUUCAUGGAGCUGCCCAACAAUUGGUCCAGCUUGCCAUUCCAGUCUCUCUCAGGGGUUACCCAGACCUGCCGAACCAAAACAUUAGGGAAGGAAAACGUAGCUUUCUUCAGUUACCCCUUCAACUUUGAGGCUUUCUACAUGUGCGAAAAAGAGAGUGAGGAAUCAGUUCCCCAGUGGCCAGUGCUCUACUUCAAGGUUCUUUCCCUGGACACCUGGCAACGCUAUCGAACUGAAGGCUAUGGCUAUCUGCUUUUUCCUGCCAUACCUGGUAAACAUAUAAUAACAUGUAAUACGUGGAGACCUCUUCAGACGGGGACAGUGUCUGCACUAAGACGCUUCUUUAUUGGAGGUUCUCCGGAGCUUGAAGACCAAAGCUACGUUCGAAUUCCAGGGACGUUCAAGGGAGACAGACUGAGUCGCUUUGGCUUUUGCACUGAAACCACAGGAAGUGUCACCUUUAAUCUGCACUGCAUCCAGCAAGCCAGGUCAUUUGUUGAUGCCACCAUGUUGAAGAAAAGGAGGCAGAAAGUUUUUGACCAGUUGGGAGGAUUUAGUCAACAAGGAGCUGUCUGCACCAUCCUUGAGGCCUUCCAAAGGGCCAGGAGGAAGAUGCAAGAGGCCAGAGAAAGUCUUCCCAGAGAUCUAAUCAACACCACAUCCCAACUCCAAAUCGAAUCCUCUGCAUAGGCGUGAAAAACAUUGUUGGACUGUUUAUCAAAUGUUUUAAGUGCCUGAAUGGCGUACACAUACUAAUGUGAUGUUUAGAAUCAAGGUGAGAUUAGCCGCAAGUAAGAAUUGCCAUUUCAAAUAUUACAACAAUUUUUAUAUUUCCUGAUAAUGUAGGGCGAUGAUGUGUUGUAACAAGUCAGAGAAAAGAAAAUAGUGUACGAUUGCUAUUUAUUCUUUAUAAAAACUAACAUGUCAGGAGGGGUAAAAAUUGGGGUACAAUAUGGAUUUACAUGGUUAUGAUAUGGUGAAGGAGCACACGUAUGAUCACAAACUGUAUUCUAUGUACAGACUAUUGAAUAGUCGCAGACAGGAAAUGGGAGGCAGAGAGAGGGGGAAUGACAUGCAGCAAAGGGCUGUUCGAUGUAGGACUCGAACCGGGGCCUCUGCAUAUGGGGCAGAUGCUCAACCAACUGAGCUACUUGACGCCCCAAGACAGUGAGUCUUGUGAAAACUGAUGUAACAGACAGUAAGAUAGUUUUUUUUAAAUUUGAAUUGUAUAUUUUCCAUAGUUUAUUUCAAACAUGUAACAAGUAUUACAAUUGUUGUAAUAUAGAUUUUUUAUAUCAACUGUUAUUGUGUAUUUUUGCCCUUAUGAUUAUAGCCGCUGUCAUUCAGGUUUUGCACAAACUUAUACUUGGACUAUAUGUUUUUUAUAAGGUAGUUAAGUUCCAUAUAAGUUUUGUGUACGUAAACUACUGGUGUGUGGCAUGAAUGGCAUUGGAAGUAAGUAAGGGCUAUUGUGGUUCAAAAGGGUUCUGCUCCGUUCUCAAUAAUUGUGAGUAUUUGAUGUUGUAUGGAGCAUCAUUCAAGUUUUUCACUGUUUGGAGUCAAAUACUACCAGAACAGUCAAUUCAAUACAAAGCUACAACUCAAACAAAAAAGAACAGCAGAUUGACAUUUAGAACACAUACUUUUCAAAGGAUGAACUAGCUGCAAAGUGUCACAUGUUGCAGUUCUGACAUGUUCGUGUAACACAAAAGACAUCGUAUGCACAAAAUGCACUUUGUGGCUCUAAAUGUUACAUUAUAUGCCAUGAAAUACAGAAAAUAAAAUUUACUUGGGCUAUUA